AUGGAAAAACCAAAAUGUGAUGUGAUAUCAUUCUUAGUGACACAUUUACACCGAAAAACAUUCCCAGUAGAAGUAUUGGUAGACAUUUGCUUAGAAAAGUUUUCCCAUGAAGAUAUUAUUUUCACAAGAAACAUUGUAACCGACGCUUUCGGAGAAAAAAUUGACUACUCUAAACCACGUUCAGCUGAAACUAGUAAUAUUCGGCAGGAUCUGUACAGAAUUAUUUUUUAUCUGAGAUUGGUUCCGUGUGUGGAAAAUAAGUUGAAUGAUUACACGGACGCGAUAGAAGAAACAGCACUUUUGGCUCGAUUAGAUGGUAUGAGCCAGUUGGUUAGUGAUUUACGCGGUGUACUAAGCAUUCCGAGUGAGAACAUGCAGUCUAAAGACUCACCUUCUAAGCCAGGCCCAAGCAAGAAUGCAAAAAGUGAUAAUAAAGAUGCCAGAUCUGAUGCCACCGCAGAACAAGAAAUGCAACCAAGCGGUUCUUCGGAAACGGAAAUGUAUGCAUUGUAUUGUGACAAUAUACACUCGUAUACCCAAUGUACACCAGCUGGAUAUCAUGACGACAACAUGGACCUCGAAUCUUCGAAGACCAGACAAAACAGACGAGUUAAAUUGCCGCAAAUGGAGGAAAAAGAAAUUAAACCUGAAGACAAUAGUGGAUGCCUACCCCCUCCUCCCGUCCCGCUGGCUGAUGGACUUAGGAUCAACCCCGUCGAGAGUGCGAAUGAAACAUUUAAUCUUAUAACUGCCAUCGCACCCUCAUUAAGCGUGAGCACUCUGAGAGUGAACCCACCUCUGGUGGUUGAUGUCACGAGUCAACCACAAGUACAAAUGCCAGUUGCACAAUCUCCACCCGCAAUAACCACCCAUCCAGUACGACGUAACUCGGAUGAAGAGCAACCAAUGUAUAAUUUUGAUGCUUUAGCGGAAAGAGCAUUUCACCAACUCUUCCGCCAAGAUUCUGUAUCCACUGAUAGUAGUUCAUCAGACCGUAAUUCAUCGGAUAAUAAUAGUUCGUCGGGUCUUAGUUCGUCAGGUCUCAGUACAUCGGGUCUCAGUUCGUCAGGUCCUAGUUCAUCGGAUCCGGUCGAAGAAGGGUUGAGCAGUAUAAGCAAUGACAGUAGUAACCUGACCAUAUCUUCAGGUAAUAGUAGCUUAAAUGAGGAAGCACAGGUGCUACUAAACAGCUUUGCGCCUACUAAUGGGCCAAGGUUAAUAGCUCCAGGAGUAGCCGCUCCACGACCUACGGGGGCCCCGGUUCAUGAAUUUAUUAGGCCUGCCGAUCUCUGGGGCCCACCCCUUACACAAUCAGAGAAUCCUCCUCAAGAAACGGUAGCUGCUCAACCACAAUCUGGCGCCGACGACGACAGCACCGACAGCUUGCAGGAAAUGCAACCUUCUAGUCCCAAAAGGCGUCGCCCGAUGGAGUGA